CUUCCAUACCUUUGCCAACCCUUUCUCCCUCCCUCCUCACCUCUCUCCCUCUCACUUCAUCACCCCUUUCCUGGCAUUAAGUCCAAGCCUGACACUGACACUGACUCUGUAUGUCAUCCCUCUCUUCUCUCUUUCUCUCUCUCUUUCUCUCUCUAUCUAUCGCUGCGAGGGCCAGAGUGCCUGCAGAAGCGUUUCUCUCUGCGACCCACUCCCCCUCCCUCUCCUCCUCUCUUUCGCUCUGUCUAACUCUCUCCAUCUCUUCACCGGCUCGCCUCCCUGCUCUCUCUUUCUCACUGCGCACACAGUCAACAAAAGCGAGGUCAAGGGAGAAGGAUGAGGGGAUAGCAAAGGAGAGGAAGAGGAGAACGAGAGAUACCUUGGAAGCGGCAGAGAGUCUAAAGAAAAGCAAGUUUGGUGAAUCCUCUGCGCCUGAUUAGUUCUGAUCCGGGUUCUAAUCGGAACGACAGAGGUCAGGGGUCAGAGGUGUCAGAAGUUAGAAUCUCAAGAUGCUGAAUCUCCAGAACACUUCCAGCUGGACAGGGCCCAACAACUGGUACCAUCAGCCAACACAGCACGGUGCAGAUGGCUGUGUGGUGGAUGAUGUGCGGAUUGCGGGAGGUGAAGGAGUUCAACGAGAGAGAGACGAGGUAGACGAUGCCCAGCACCACCUCCAGCUGAAGAGAAAGCUCCAGAGAAAUCGAACCAGUUUCACUCAGGAGCAGAUUGACGCACUGGAGAAAGAGUUUGAACGGACACAUUACCCAGACGUCUUUGCCAGAGAGAGACUGGCGGCUAAAAUUGACCUUCCAGAGGCUCGCAUUCAGAUCUUGCGUUUGCAAGAACGCCUUGGCUGUACCGCCACAACCUGGUGUGGUUUUCCAAUCGACGAGCAAAGUGGAGGAGGGAAGAAAAGUUGCGCAAUCAAAAGAGGUCAGGGGGCGGAACUUCAUGUUCUCAGGCACAUGCUCCCCUCAGCACCUCUUUCAACACAGGUGUCUAUCACCCACAUCAUGGAAACAGCUCAGCAUCGAUGCACAGUCGCAGUGAUAACACUCUCUCAGGCUACGGUUCUCUCUCAGUUUUCUCCAAUAUGCAGUCGUUGCCCCCUCAGUCCACACCUUCUUACCCUUGCAUGCUACCUCCCUCCCCCUCUGCUCCUCCCCCCUUGCCCCGAAAGUUUGACUCCCCAUCUUAUCCCUCUCCUCACCUGCCUCCCCCUCACUCUGCAAGCUCCAACACAGGAUAUCUCACAGGUGUGUCGGCUAGCGAGCAGGACUUAGGUCAGUACUGGACCAGACUCCAGUGAGAGUAACAGAGUCAUUGCACAUCCUGGACUAGACUACCCAGUAACUCUGUGACACCAGAAUACCAUCAAACCUGCCAUCAUCUAAAGACCCACCUUUUCAUUGUGACUCUCAGGACAUGAAACUGAUUUGCUGAGUUAGAUACCAAAACAGCCAAUCCGUUGCAAUCCAAACCAAAUAUAAUCAGCCAUUCUAAUAGGGACAAUUACUUGCAAUAAAAGUAGCAAUGACAUCCAAUGACAGUCCUGGAUGGCCUUAGAAUUACCAAUGACAAUCUAGUAUGGGCAAGAAGAAGCCAAUGAUCAUCAAGUCUCGGUACGGGACUACCAACUGCAAUUAAACUCGACCUCAGUGCACAAUGCAAUCAAAUGAUGGAACUGGAAAUGGAUCCCAGCAGAAUUAUGUUGCUCACUUGUUCACCCACUCGCUGAUCCCUUUUUAUGUUUGCUCAUCUUGAACAGACUAUGAAAAUGUUUAAUUAAAUCAACAAUCAUAGUGAAGUAAGGAUAACAAUUGAAGGUCGAGGAAGGAUUUGUGUACCAAAUGACCUAGGAGAGUUAAAGACAAUCAAAAACCAAUACUAGUGAAUAAAGUUACUGUGAUGCCAUAUUUCUGAUCUCCCUACCUCUUUCUUCAUCUACUUAAUUUAAGCCCUUACCUUUUUAAAAUGUCUUCCCUCAACUGUACAUUUAGCACUGUAUGUGUGUGUGUGUGUGUGUGUGUGUGUGUGUAUAUGUGUGUGCACGCUCGUGGGUGUGUGUGUGUGCGCGUGGGUGAGUGGGUGCUUGCAUACGAGCAGGCAUUUCAUGUGUGUUGCUACAUUUUGUGCAUGUGUGUCUUUAGCCUGCUAAUCAUUUUGUGUAUUCUCUUUUUGUGAAGAUGUUUGACCCGAAAAUAAAAAUCUAAAUGUGAAACC